AUGUUUUGUUGUCAUUGUCCCCAAUCCCCUGAACCCCUGCUCAUCCCACCCCUGCACCGCCUGCACAGUCCAUCUCGGCGCUUCUCUGCCGCCCAACAGUCUCUCUUCAUCCAAAUCCUCAUCUUGGCACUGCAGUCAGUCGUGCAGAAGAUGCCAGAUGAUGCCGUCAAGGCUGCCACCCGCCUGCUGCAUGCCUAUGAUGAUGCAGUCGUCUCCUCUGACACUUCUUCCUGCCCCCAAGCCGACUUCACAGUGCUGUGGGACUCAACCUCCUUCGCCCGCCGGGCCAUUGCGGACGGCCAGAGGGUCACGUGGGUGUGGAAUGAUGACAAUUACCAUGAGCUCAGAGGUGCGCCUGUAGCGAGCUCAGAGCGAAACCAUGGGAGGCUCAGCUGUUCCUCAUCGUUCCCAUCUUUUUGUUUCCCCCCUGAAUUCUCUUGCUUCUCCCUCCUGCACUCCUUCACCGCUCCCUCCUGCACUCCUUCACUGCUCCCUCCUGCACUCCUUCACUGCUCCCUCCUGCACUCCUUCACUGCUCCCUCCUGCACUCCUUCACUGCUCCCUCCUGCACUCCUUCACUGCUCCCUCCUGCACUCCUUCACUGCUCCCUCCUGCACUCCUUCACUGCUCCCUCCUGCACUCCUUCGCUGCUCCCUCCUGCACUCCUUCACUGCUCCCUCCUGCACUCCUUCACUGCUCCCUCCUGCACUCCUUCACUGCUCCCUCCUGCACUCCUUCACUGCUCCCUCCUGCACUCCUUCACUGCUCCCUCCUGCACUCCUUCACUGCUCCCUCCUGCACUCCUUCACUGCUCCCUCCUGCACUCCUUCACUGCUCCCUCCUGCACUCCUUCACUGCUCCCUCCUGCACUCUUUUACUGCAGGGCCGGUGAGCUCAGAGCCGUUUCUUGGGUUUGGAGCAGGGAGGCUCGGGCUAUCACGGCUUGCCACGUGUGCAUGGGACAACAUUGGGCCUGGAGAUGCGACGGAUGAGCCUGCGCCAUGCGUGCUGCGUGAGUACAUUGUAGCGAUGACGUGGCACCUAUGGAGUGGGUCGCCUGGCGACAAGGCAGGGGCGCAUUUCACGUACACCAAGGUGUUUGGCACGGCGCGGGACAUGACCGUCAAGGACUCGCCGCAGUCGCUCGCCUCCACUCUCCUCCGCGCCACCCCCACGCCAGGUGCGCCCAUCCCUUCCCACCCAUGUGCCACCCCCCACCAUGUGCCACCCCCCACCAUGUGCCACCCCCAACCCAUGCGCGGCCAUUCCAGGCACCAGUGGCACUGCCACGUGACAAUCACUCGCACAUGCAUGCAUGCAUGCAUGCACGUGCCAUCCGUCCUUCAAGCUGCCUCACCUCACUGUCCCUCUCCCCUCCCUCUGCAUGCGCUCUGCCAUCUCGCCCUCUGCCAUCUCGCCCUCUGCCAUCUCGCCCUCUGCCAUCUCGCCCUCUGCCAUCUCGCCCUCUGCCAUCUCGCCCUCUGCCAUCUCGCCCUCUGCCAUCUCGCCCUCUGCCAUCUCGCCCUCUGCCAUCUCGCCCUCUGCCAUCUCGCCCUCUGCCAUCUCGCCCUCUGCCAUCUCGCCCUCUGCCAUCUCGCCCUCUGCCAUCUCGCCCUCUGCCAUCUCGCCCUCUGCCAUCUCGCCCUCUGCUCUGCGAUGCUCAUUGCAACCAUCCCUGCAACGUGGCACUCUCUCACCCAUCCUCACCUGUCUCCAUGCACUGCCCUCGCCCUGCCCACCCGCCUGCCCCCCAGCAGAGCUGCCACCAGCCACGUCUCUGCGGCCAUUGUGAUCCCCCAUCCUCCCCUAUUCUUCCCCCGCUGUUCUCCCUCCUCCCCGUCGUCCCCCUCUGCUCCCCCUCUGCUCCCCCUCUGCUCCCCCUUUGCUCCCCCUCUGCUCCCUCCACCUGUGCUGUGCGCCACCGGGGGUGAUGUGUGCUUCCGUGCAACGUGUGCUUCCCCAUCCUCCCCCAUUCUCCUCCCCCUUCACGGCCCCCCCGCCCCCUUCUCCCCCGAAUUCUCUCUACCUUCUCCCGCUUGCUCCACAGCGUGCUGUGAGGCGGCGGGAGUGGGAGAGGGCAUCAAGGUGCCCUUCAGGCUGCGCCGCUUCGGCCCCAACGUGCAUCCCCUCGACGCCACUCCCGCGACCAAUGCCUCUCUGGUGCCGCGCACUGUCUCCCAGUACAACAGGUGCCGCACUGUCUCCCAGUACAACAGGUGCCGCACUGUCUCCCGGUACAACAGGUGCCGCACUGUCUCCCAGUACAACAGGUGCCGCACUGUGCCGCACUGUCUCCCAGUACAACAGGUGCCGCACUGUCUCCCAGUACAACAGGUGCCGCACUGUCUCCCAGUACAACAGGUGCCGCACUGUCUCCCAGUACAACAGGUGCCGCACUGUCUCCCAGUACAACAGGUGCCGCACUGUCUCCCAGUACAACAGGUGCCGCACUGUCUCCCAGUACAACAGGUGCCGCACUGUCUCCCAGUACAACAGGUGCCGCACUGUCUCCCAGUACAACAGGUGCCGCACUGUCUCCCAGUACAACAGGUGCCGCACUGUCUCCCAGUACAACAGGUGCCGCACUGUCUCCCAGUACAACAGGUGCCGCACUGUCUCCCAGUACAACAGGUGCCGCACUGUCUCCCAGUACAACAGGUGCCGCACUGUCUCCCAGUACAACAGGUGCCGCACUGUCUCCCAGGACAACAGGUGCCGCACUGUCUCCCAGUACAACAGGUGCCGCACUGUCUCCCAGUACAACAGGUGCCGCACUGUCUCCCAGUACAACAGGUGCCGCACUGUCUCCCAGUACAACAGGUGCCGCACUGUCUCCCAGGACAACAGGUGCCGCACUGUCUCCCAGGACAACAGGUGCCGCACUGUCUCCCAGGACAACAGGUGCCGCACUGUCUCCCAGUACAACAGGUGCCGCACUGUCUCCCAGUACAACAGGUGCCGCACUGUCUCCCAGUACAACAGGUGCCGCACUGUCUCCCAGUACAACAGGUGCCGCACUGUCUCCCAGGACAACAGGUGCCGCACUGUCUCCCAGGACAACCGGUGCCGCACUGUCUCCCAGGACAACAGGUGCCGCACUGUCUCCCAGGACAACAGGUGCCGCACUGUCUCCCGGGACAACAGGUGCCGCACUGUCUCCCAGGACAACAGGUGCCGCACUGUCUCCCAGGACAACAGGUGCCGCACUGUCUCCCAGGACAACAGGUGCCGCACUGUCUCCCAGGACAACAGGUGCCGCACUGUCUCCCAGGACAACAGGUGCCGCACUGUCUCCCAGGACAACAGGUGCCGCACUGUCUCCCAGGACAACAGGUGCCGCACUGUCUCCCAGGACAACAGGUGCCGCACUGUCUCCCAGGACAACAGGUGCCGCACUGUCUCCCAGGACAACAGGUGCCGCACUGUCUCCCAGGACAACAGGUGCCGCACUGUCUCCCAGGACAACAGGUGCCGCACUGUCUCCCAGGACAACAGGUGCCGCACUGUCUCCCAGGACAACAGGUGCCGCACUGUCUCCCAGGACAACAGGUGCCGCACUGUCUCCCAGGACAACAGGUGCCGCACUGUCUCCCAGGACAACAGGUGCCGCACUGUCUCCCAGGACAACAGGUGCCGCACUGUCUCCCAGGACAACAGGUGCCGCACUGUCUCCCAGGACAACAGGUGCCGCACUGUCUCCCAGGACAACAGGUGCCGCACUGUCUCCCAGGACAACAGGUGCCGCACUGUCUCCCAGGACAACAGGUGCCGCACUGUCUCCCAGGACAACAGGUGCCGCACUGUCUCCCAGGACAACAGGUGCCGCACUGUCUCCCAGGACAACAGGUGCCGCACUGUCUCCCAGGACAACAGGUGCCGCACUGUCUCCUCCACUUCUUCAUUCUCUCCUCCACUUCUUCAUUCUCUCCUCCACUUCUUCAUUCUCUCCUCCACUUCUUCAUUCUCUCCUCCACUUCUUCAUUCUCUCCUCCACUUCUUCAUUCUCUCCUCCACUUCUUCAUUCUCUCCUCCACUUCUUCAUUCUCUCCUCCACUUCUUCAUUCUCUCCUCCACUUCUUCAUUCUCUCCUCCACUUCUUCAUUCUCUCCUCCACUUCUUCAUUCUCUCCUCCACUUCUUCAUUCUCUCCUCCACUUCUUCAUUCUCUCCUCCACUUCUUCAUUCUCUCCUCCACUUCUUCAUUCUCUCCUCCACUUCUUCAUUCUCUCCUCCACUUCUUCAUUCUCUCCUCCACUUCUUCAUUCUCUCCUCCACUUCUUCAUUCUCUCCUCCACUUCUUCAUUCUCUCCUCCACUUCUUCAUUCUCUCCUCCACUUCUUCAUUCUCUCCUCCACUUCUUCAUUCUCUCCUCCACUUCUUCAUUCUCUCCUCCACUUCUUCAUUCUCUCCUCCACUUCUUCAUUCUCUCCUCCACUUCUUCAUUCUCUCCUCCACUUCUUCAUUCUCUCCUCCACUUCUUCAUUCUCUCCUCCACUUCUUCAUUCUCUCCUCCACUUCUUCAUUCUCUCCUCCACUUCUUCAUUCUCUCCUCCACUUCUUCAUUCUCUCCUCCACUUCUUCAUUCUCUCCUCCACUUCUUCAUUCUCUCCUCCACUUCUUCAUUCUCUCCUCCACUUCUUCAUUCUCUCCUCCACUUCUUCAUUCUCUCCUCCACUUCUUCAUUCUCUCCUCCACUUCUUCAUUCUCUCCUCCACUUCUUCAUUCUCUCCUCCACUUCUUCAUUCUCUCCUCCACUUCUUCAUUCUCUCCUCCACUUCUUCAUUCUCUCCUCCACUUCUUCAUUCUCUCCUCCACUUCUUCAUUCUCUACUCCACUUCUUCAUUCUCUCCUCCACAUCUUCAUUCUCUCCUCCACUUCUUCAUUCUCUCCUCCACUUCUUCAUUCUCUCCUCCACUUCUUCAUUCUCUCCUCCACUUCUUCAUUCUCUCCUCCACUUCUUCAUUCUCUCCUCCACUUCUUCAUUCUCUCCUCCACGUCUUCGUCGCAUAUGCCACCUACGGCUACCUGCACGCUGUGGCUGUCCCUGCAGACCUGCUUCUACAUGAUCGUGGGGCAGUUCGGAGUGUUCUGGUUCCAGCAGAUGGUGGGGUGGCAGUACGCGGCGGCCAUGGAGUCAUCGGAGAAAGCACCGGCGAUCUACCAGGACAUGUACUUGAUUGUGGUGCGCUUCUUCCGCCGCGUGGCAUCGCCGUACAGAAGGUACAGCCGCCUGCUGCGCCACCUCAUUCGCCUCGGAGCAGAGAACACCGCCAAUGCGGUCAUGGAGUCCGGCCAGCAGUGCUUUGCGUCGAGCCUUCAGUGCGGCAAGGAGACGAGAGGCAGCAGGCGUGAUACUGAUGGGGGCAGGCUGGAGGAUGCUGUUCGUGAUGGCAAUCCGGGGAUAAAUGGGGUGGAGGUGGUGGGAAGAGAGGGAGAAAUGGAUCCUUUUGAGGCGCAGCAACAAGUGUCAGCGAUGGUGGGAGCAGAUGAGACUAACUUAAGCCAGGCUGAGAGCAAGAAGGGGGUGUUGCCGAAUGGUGGGGUCGCCAAGUCCCAGGCAGCCGGCAGCACCAACACUCAGGUGGACGCCCAUGCUUCCACCACCGCUGCAGGUGAUGCUGGCAGCACCGCUGCAGGUGAUGCUGGCAGCACGGGUGGCAGCAUGGUGGAGCCGGCAGUGCAGAGGCGGCGGAGCUUCUGGCGGCUGAAAACGCUGGAUGAGCAGGAGACUGUGGUGGUGGUGGGGGAGAGGCAGCUCAACGCCCACUCGCUCUCUUCCAUCCUGCGCCGCGCACACGCCCGCAUGCGGCGCUCUCUCUCCGACGAGCAGGAGGGGGACCCCAUGGACGUGGCAGCGCUGGGGGCGGUGCUGCUGUCGGAGCUGGGGGAGAGCGCGCCGCCUGCCGACGCCACGGCUGCAAAUGGAGGCGAGGCGGCAAAGGAGGGCGACCUGCUGGCCAUGCAGCAGCGCGUGGAGGCGCUGCGGGCCGACGUGGCCCGUGGCUUCGACCAAGUGAGGCAGCAGCUCACCACCCAAGUCCAGAGCUCCCAUUGCAACCAGUUGCCACAGGAAGCCAGUCCGAGCCUGCUCCCGAACCCGCUAGGCAAUGGUUCGGAGGAGGCUGGGCGAGAGGUGUGGCAGCAGGUUUUGAUGCAGGUGGAGAAGAUUCGGAAGGAGGCUCAGAAGGAGCGAGAAGAGGGUCCCGUCUCGCUAGUGGCUCUCGUCGUUCCCGCUCCUCCCGUCGCCCUCGUCGCGUCUGUCCUAGUCGCCGCGCCCGUCACUCCCGUCCCGGUCGUGCCUUCCGUCCUUCCUCCAGUCCCCCCCGUCCCUGCCGUCGCCCAGCACCCUCCGUCCCUUCCGUCCCGCGCCUCGCUUCCGUCCCGCAUUCGCUCCUGCCGUAGCGCGCCUCCCUCCCGUGCCUCCCUUCCCUCUCCGCCGCUCGGUCCCCCUUCCCUACUCGGGGCUUCCCCUUCCCAUCUCGUAGUUCCAACCCUCCAAUCCCUCCCCUUACCCAAUCUCCCGUCCCUCUGUCCCCCCUCUUCCGUCCCGUCUUUCCUACUUCCAUCCAUCCCUUUUCCGCCUCUCCCCUCAUUCUCUUCCACCUGUCGCUCACGCACACCCAUCGCUCACGACUUCCCCCUUGAGUCCCCCAUUCCCUUCCCACGCCCUCCGCUCACUUCCCUUGCCUCUCGUCUCGUAUCCUCCCUUCUCCCUCUGCCCCUACCCUCCCGUCGUGUGCCUGAAUUUUCCCUGCCCUCUGUUCCCUUCUCCUCCCUUCCCAAUUUUUUCUACACUCCCCUCCCUCUCCCUCCACCACUCCUCUCGCCCUUAUCCCCACACACUGAACCCCCCUUCUUCCCUUCCCUGCACAACCUCCUCCCUUCCUUCCCUUCUCUCACUGAACCCCCCUUUUUUCCUUUCUUCUCAUUUCCUCUCUUCCCCAUCUUCUCCUCUCCUUCCCUCACUCUCAGCCCCUCACUCUUUGCCUCUCCUCCCCUCUCUCUCUGCUGGCCCCUUCGCUCCCGCUCGUCGCUCCGUUGCUCCCUCUCUGCCCCUCUUCCUUGA